GUAAUAUUUUGUAUUUUAAACACAUCCCACCUCUUUCUCUCUGAUACAACUUUUCCUAAGUCCUACUCUCAUUAGUUUUUGUGCUAAAAAGAUGUGCUGGCAAAGAUGGAAAGCCAUAGCAAUGACUGUGGUGUUGCUUCAGCUGAGUUCUUCCAUGGAAAUCUUCUGUCUCUCUUCUCAUGCAGAUAGAAUUCAUAAGCUUCCUGGACAACCCCACAUAGGCUUUCAACACUUCUCAGGAUAUGUUACAGUUGAUGAAAAAAAACGCAGAUAUCUCUUUUACUAUUUUGUUGAAUCAGAAACUGGUCCAUCUUCAAAGCCUUUAGUCCUUUGGCUCAAUGGAGGACCAGGUUGUUCUUCUCUUGGAGUAGGUGCAUUCUCUGAGAAUGGACCUUUCAGACCCAAUGGAGAAGUUCUGAUUAAAAAUGAGCAUAGUUGGAAUAGAGAGGCAAACAUGUUGUAUUUGGAGACACCAGUUGGAGUGGGGUUUUCUUAUGCUAAAGGUAGUUUCUCCAAUAUCAAAGUGAAUGAUGAGGUGACAGCUAGGGACAACCUUGUGUUCUUGCUACAUUGGUUCAACAAGUUCCCCCAAUACAAACACACAGAUUUGUUUUUGACAGGAGAAAGUUAUGCAGGACAUUACAUUCCACAAUUAGCAAAUCUCAUGAUUGGAAUCAACAAUAAGGAAAAGAUAUUCAAUCUAAAAGGCAUAGCAUUGGGAAAUCCACUUCUAGAAUAUGCCACUGACUUCAAUUCAAGGGCUGAGUUCUUCUGGUCUCAUGGAUUGAUAUCAGAUUCAACUUACAAAAUGUUCACCGCAGGCUGCAAUUAUUCGCAGUAUGUAAGUGAGUACUAUAGAAACUCCAUUUCCCUGCUUUGUUCAAAGGUCAUGAGCCAAGUAAGCAGAGAAACCAGCAAGUUUGUGGACAAAUAUGAUGUUACCCUUGAUGUAUGCAUUUCCUCAGUGCUUUCACAAUCCAAAGUUAUUUGUCCUCAAAACCAUCAUGCAAAUGAGAGUAUAGAUGUAUGUGUAGAUGACGAAGUUACAAAUUACUUAAACAGACGCGAUGUACAAAAGGCGCUCCAUGCCGAGCUUAUUGGAGUUCCAAAGUGGAAUGUCUGCAGCAACAUCUUGGACUACAAUAUGCUCAACCUGGAAGUACCAACACUCCAUGUUGUUGGAUCAAUCAUAAAAGCUGGAGUUAGGGUAUUAAUUUAUAGCGGAGAUCAAGAUUCAGUAAUUCCACUCACUGGUAGCCGCACCUUGGUUCACAAGCUAGCAAGACAACUAGCACUUAAAACAACAAUCCCUUACAGGGUAUGGUUUGAAGGUCAUCAGGUUGGUGGAUGGACUCAAGUUUAUGGAAAUACUCUCACAUUUGCCACCAUCAGAGGUGCCUCCCAUGAAGCUCCUUUCUCACAACCUGAAAGAUCACUUGUUUUAUUUAAGUCAUUCUUGGAAAACAAACCUUUACCUAAAUCUUUUUGACAAAUUGUUAGUGUUUUUCUGAUUUAGUUCAGAGAUUGUAAGUAAGAUACCCCAAAAGUUGUAUUAUACUAUACUAUUAUAGUUAGUAAAGCAAUGUAAUAACUGUGCAGGAUGUCAAAAGAAAAGCUAGAAAAAAUGAUUUAAGGGGAUAUCCGGAUAUGAGAUUGAG